AUGGUGAAGGAGAGAUUGACCCUGACGCUGGAGAGGUACCACCGCCUCUUCGUCGACCCCUACGCCACCCGCCUCACCACCGUCCACCUCAACAACAUCAUCUACAUGCAUGGUUUCGCCAGGCUCCACGGCAAGAAGUCCCAGAUCAUGGGCCACAUGGUGGGGCAGGUCGACCUGCAGCCGCCGCGCCGCUCUACGCUGCACGGUGGCGCCGCGCUCGUGCCGCCCUCCGCCGCGCGCAUCGCCGCCGCACAGGCCGCGGCCGACGUCGACGCCAUCGGCUGGGCGGAGUGCCCCAUCGGCUGCGUCACCGCCUUCUCCGCCUUCGCUGACCCGCCGGACCCGGUGGAGCCCAUGCCCCCGCCCGCCCACCACAUGCUCGCGCUGGCGGUGCCCCUGCGCCGCCCGUGCUCCAAAAGGACGCGCACCUCCCCCUACCAGCGCCCUGCCGCGUCCAACACGGCCAAGGUGAAGGAGGAGGUGGUCAUGGAAGAGGAGGGUGAGGAUAUGUCGUUGGUGACGCCGUCGCCGCCGCGAUGGAUGCGCUCCCCUACCCCGCCACCUCCGCCCCCGUCGCCCACGCCACGGUCGCAGACCGUGGUGCCUCCGCCACUAUGGAUGCGCUCCCCUACUCCGCCACCUCCGCCCCCCUCGCCCACGCCGCGGCCGCAGACCGUGGUGCCUCCGCCUUCGCCGCCGUGCAGGGGCCAGCCUGAGUUGGAGCCGACCCUCUCCCGACCACCUGGCUUCGGCUCGCCGCCGGAACCAUGCAGGAGCGGGCCUACGCUGGAGCCGAUCCUCCCCACACCACCACCACCAGGCUUCGGCCCGCCGCCGCAACCAUGCAGGAGCGGGCCUACGCCGGAGCCGAUCCUCCCCACACCACCACCACCAGGCUUCGGCCCGCCGCCGCAACCAUGCUGGAGGCGGCCUACGUUGGCGCCGCCUCCUACCCUGCCACCAGGCUUCGGUUCGCGCCAGGUGGCGCCGCCUCCUCCGCAGCUGUCCUGGGGCUUGCCGAUGCCACCGCCGUCGGGCCCAGGAGCGCCUACGUUCACGCAGCAUCUUCAGCCUGCAGGUCCGGCACCACUCUGGCGCUCGCCGAUGUCGCCGUCUUAUCUGGCACCGUGCUGGGGCGCGCCGGCGCAAGCGCCCUGGCGCUGGCCACACCCCCCGCCGCGCUGGGCACCACCUCAUAUGCUGCGCCCGCCGCCGCCACCCUGGGACUGCAUGAGGCCGUUUGCAACUCCCAUGCCGCCGCAACAUCCGCCGCAUUUUGAGAUGCAGCAUACGCCACCGGCACCGGGGGCGUGCUCGGGCAGGCAGGUGAUUUACUUCUAG